AUGGCUUCUGCAACGGGGAUACCAGAGCGGAAUCCCGCUGUUGAAGAGGAGGAGCCCCUCUUGGGACGGCCAGGAGAUGUUACACAACGGCCAGGCCAGGGGAUGCAGUUCAAUUUUGUGACAGGAACGGCUAUCCUCGCCCAAGUAGGCGUUGUCAUCCUCACAGCUCUGGUCUGGGCUGCGGUGUUCAAGAACAAGUUUAUAUUCUUCUCCUACCAUCCUUUGCUGAACUCCUUGGCCGUCCUCCUACUUGUUCAAGGCGUGCUGGUCCUUCAACCCACGGCAGCUCAAAAGGACAAAAUCACGGGGACAUAUGUGCACUCGGCCAUCAAUACAUCGGCUGUGGCAUUGCUCAUUGCCGGCCUGGUCAUCAUCGAGAUGAACAAGGCUUCACACCCAGAAACUCGGUUCCAGAGUGUGCACGGGAAGAUGGCACUGGUAGCAUACAUACUCAUUUUCCUGCAAUGGCUCAUCGGAGCCGCUGCAUUUUAUCUGCCGGAGACAAUAUUCGGCACUGUCGAUCGGGCCAAAUCGUUGUAUAAAUAUCAUAGAAUGUCGGGCUACACCCUCGCCGUCUAUUUUCUGGCUGUCAUUGCAGCAGCCACCCAGACAUCUUAUAACAAGGGAGUGCUGCACAUCAAGCUGUGGGCUGUCAUUGUGGCAAGUGUUCUAGUGCUCGUGGGCGUGAUACCACGCAUCAAAAAACACAAACUCGGAUUGUGA